GGAAAUGCGGAGAUGGGGUGUUGUUGCCACCUCAGCGCUCCAAAUCGUGCCGCCCCCCUCAGAUGUCCCCUCUUGGCUGAAGAGUCUGAGGCUCCACAAGUACGCGGCCCUCUUCUCCCAGAUGACGUACGAGGAGAUGAUGACGCUGACAGAGCACCACCUGGAGUCGCAGAACGUCACCAAGGGCGCACGGCACAAGAUUGCCCUCAGCAUCCAGAAGCUGCGGGAGCGGCAGAGCGUUCUCAAAGCGCUGGAGAAGGACAUCUUGGAAGGUGGGAACCUGUGGACAGCAUUGCAGGAGCUGCAGCAGAUCAUGGUGACCCCCAUCAAGGCCUUCAGGCCCCCGCCUGCCCCCCCUGCUAACGGAGCACACGAUGGGGCUCCCCCAGGGGCUGCCGAUGCCUUUGCCCCCACCCAGCUGCCGACACUGAGGCCCCUGCAGCCCCCGUCCCCGACGGAGACAUCCCAGGGCAGUUCACUCGUGUCAUGGGCAAAGUCUGUACCCAGCUGCUGGUGUCACGGCCAGAUGAGGAGAACAUCACGAGUUACCUCCAGCUCCUUGAGAAGUGCCUGAGCCAUGAGGCGUUCACAGAGACGCAGAAGAAGAGGCUCUUGUCUUGGAAGCAGCAGGUUCUGAAGCUGCUCCGCGCCUUCCCCAAGAAGGUGCCACUUGAUGGCCAGGGCUACCGGCCUCCCAAAGGGUAGGAGAGCUUGUGGGGGGCCUCCAUUCUGCAUGGACUUCACCCCAACGCCCGCUUUGUUCCCCUUGGUGCCUUUUUCACCCAACCUGGGAUCUCCAACUCCUGAAUUUUCCCUUACUUGGAUCCCCUUGGGAGCCUGGGACUCCCCACCUAGAGGUUCCUCUUUGUCCCCUGUGCUCCCUCUGCCCCUGGGUGGGGGUUCUCAAGCCUCUCCUCUGCCCUUUUCUGUCCUGUAGAUGCCCCGUUUUCCACCUGAAGGC